AUGAGCUCCAUCGUAUACCGACAAUACACGGGCGAGUCAGAUUUACCUCAUAUCAUGGCUCUCGUUCAGCAUGAACUGAGCGAGCCAUAUGUUAUCUACACUUACCGAUACUUCCUCCAUCAAUGGCCACAUUUGUCUUUUCUCGCUUAUCCUGACCACUCGUCUGACCCGGUCGGCGUCAUUGUCUGUAAGCAAAGUAUGCACAAAGAUAUCACGAAUAGAGGAUAUAUUGCUAUGUUGAGCGUGCACAAGAAUUGGCGGAAGCGUGGGAUAGCGAGCACCCUUGUUCGGAGGACCCUUGAAGUGAUGAAGCUGAACGGCGUCGAAGAGGUGGUACUGGAGACCGAAUUUGACAACUCUGCUGCCUUGUCCUUGUAUGAAUCGCUUGGUUUCAUCAAGGAGAAGCGUCUGUACAGAUUUUAUCUGAAUGGAAAGGACGCAUUUCGACUGGUGCUCGUGGUGCCUCCUCCUUCCGACGUGGACGACGAGGAUGACCCAGAAGCCCGCACGCGCGGGACCAAACCACUUUAUAUUCUGCCUGCCCGUACUGUCACCAUCCCACCGUUACCUUACGACCCGGACGACGAAGUAUCUUCUCGAUAA